AUGAAAGCUGUCAUCCUUGCAGGAGGACUAGGCACACGCUUGGCUGAAGAAACUGGCCUUCGCCCCAAGCCCUUGGUCGAGGUCGGUGGCAAACCCAUCCUCUGGCAUAUCCUCAAGAUCUAUUCUGCUCACGGUAUCAACGACUUUGUCAUUUGUCUAGGCUACAAGGGCCACAUGAUCAAGCAGUACUUCGCAGAUUACUUGUUGACUUGUUCAGACGUCACCAUCGACAUGAAUGAUUGCAGCGUCACAUUGGUCGAUACUGGAUCUGGCACUGGGACAGGAGGAAGGCUUCGAAGUGUCGCCAAGUACCUACAAGGGGAGCGUACAUUCUGCAUGACGUACGGUGACGGCGUCGCUGAUGUGGAUCUCUCGGCUCUCAUUGAAUUCCAUCAAUCCCAUGGGAAGGCAGUAACCAUUACGGCUGUGCAGCCUGUCGCUCGAUUUGGAGCCCUUGGGUUGGAGCAUCACAAGGUACUCGAGUUUCAAGAGAAACCUCAGGACGAAGGCGGCUGGGUAAACGGAGGUUUCAUGGUCCUCGAUCCCGUCGCCAUCAACGCAGUCACGAAUGAUGAUGAAAUGUUUGAACAAGAGCCCAUGGAACGAUUGGUCAAGGAAGGCGAGGUUCAGGCCUUCUUCCAUCAUGGCUUUUGGCAGGCUAUGGAUACGCUGCGAGACAAGCAGACGCUGGAGAAGAUGUGGGAGAAAGGGGAUGCCAAGUGGAUCAUCAACGACAAGGUCAAGAAUGGGAAUGGCGGAGCAUACAAGGUCAACGGAUUUCAAUAA